AUGGUGCUUACCCGAUACGAUAAGGACACCACGCUCAAAGCUUCUGAACUGAAAAUGGUCCCGUUUUGGAUCCAAAUAUAUGACAUCCCACUUCGUUUCAGGCACAAGGCGAUUGCAGAACAAAUCUGCCAGCCUCUAGGGGCGAUCCUCACCGCCAAUGAUUUGAUGGAAUAUGACGGUGGCAGCUUCAUACGUGUCCGCGUGAUGCUGGACAUCUCACAACCCCUUUGCAGAGGAAGACUCAUUACUCUGGAAAAUGGUAAGAAACAAUGGGUCUCUUUCAAAUAUAAGAGGCUCCCCAACCUCUGCUACUGGUGUGGCUGCCUCACGCACGACGACAGAGACUGUGCAACAUGGCUUGAGAGCGAGGGAACUCUUAACUCCGACGAACAACAAUUCGGUGCUUGGCUCCGAGCUCCCCCAUUUAACUCAGUAAGGAAGAAAGUGGUCUCUGUCCCGGGUUUUUUUGCGAAGAAGAAGGUGGCCAACCCUGCCUCCCCGGGCACUGAACCACCCCCUUUCCUUCAAGCGACGGUGCACACGGCCACAGUGGAACCCUGCUCCCCUCCCCCGAGAGCAUUAAAUGAAAAUCCCGUGAUUCAAGGAGUAGACUCUGACAGAGUAUCAACCCCCACUCACCAUGUGGGUUUUCAAAAAUCUGAGGAGAUCUUAGCGCCGGUUCCCCCGAAAUUGGCUGACUUUGAGAAGACACUUCGUGAACUGGACAGAGACAUUCACGGAUUUGAAAAGGACACUGUUGGGGAGAGUGCUUCAAAUGUUAUUCUUCCCGCCACGGCCCAUGUCCAUUCGCCCCAGUCAUCCUUAUCUCCUAGCCCAGAUGCACGAAACCCUCCAGUGCAACGGGCCAAGCCCAUCCCACUAAAUGACCGAACGAAUAUGGCUAUGGAUCAAAGUGAACGCAUAGCCCAGCCCGAAGGGAAAUGGUUAAGGAUCCAACGGCCCAAGAACUCAAAUGAUACUUCGGUCUCUAAUGUGGUCUUAGGUAAGCGAUCCCCACUCAGCUCACUUGCCUCUCCUAUCCCUUCCAAACGCAGAGCCCUCAACGGCGAUGCCCUAGAAGAAAAUGUUCCACCAUCGGCGGAGGCUGCUCUUCAGCCCCGUCGGGGACGAUGA